AUGAACGGAAAUAAAGAAGCUCUUCGAUCAGGAUCGGAGCAGACUUCUAAUGGGGCACAAGCUGGGGGUACUGCUUUAGCAAAUUCGGCUUCAGCAUCCGGCAGUAUCAAGCCAUAUCCAUUUCUCGACACUUUUGCCAUGCUAACUAUAUUAAUGAUUCUUCCAAACUGGUUAAGCAUUCCCAUGCUAUUAUUUGACAUAUUAUUGGGCAAACCUGAGUUCUUCGAGUCAACCAUAUCACUUUUUUUCAAGCAUAACUUGAAGGGCCUUCGAAAUGACUCGGAACAAACACACAAAGUUGGAACUGGGAGGAUUGUUGCAGUGAUGAUAUAUUGGAUAGUUAUCAACUCGAUGGUUGUGUUUGUAAUUCUUUUGAUCAAUCCGAAGAUUCUUGACUACACCAAACUUUUUUCCAAAGCAUGUCUUGCUUCUAGAUUGACAUCUACGAGGCAUCGUCACUCAUUAGAUGCCGUUGGCUCAAGUGCAUUGUUGCUAGGAUUAGAGAAGAUCAUUCAACUUGCCACUUCAUAUUUUGAGGAGGGAACAUCACCAUUAAGUAUCACCGUUUCAACACAUGCCGGAUCCAGACUUACACCAAUUUCGAUUCCGAAAGCUCGUGACCAAUUUACGCUUUCGGACAUGCUAGUUUCUAAUUACAUAACCUCCAGGCGAAGUCCAAUGAAGCUUCUGGCGUAUAGACUAUCCCUCUCAGGAUUUAGCGGGGCAACAACUGUGGCAUUUGCUAUAGAAUUCACUGUUGAACUAAUAUACUCAAUUUUGGCUAUCUACAUAACAAUGAGCCGCCUAAAUCCUUUUUUCCAAAGGCUAGUUUUUUUCAACAGCAUUUCCAAAUCCCUGGAUAAUUUUUCGACGGCUGCUCUACCAAGAAGAAGACACAUACGCAACAAUCCUAGAUCAGAUAUUACUUCGAAGGCACCUUUACAUCGUAAUAAUUUAUCGAGAGGAGCAUUUUUGUCCCACAAGCUCGGAAUACCGUCUUCAGCAUCAUUAAAGAGUACAGACACGCCAAAUCAAAAUCCAUUGGCAAUUGAGGUUCCGGAUGAGAUUUCAAAAUCUAUCUUACCGUCUUUGAUCGUCAAUGGUGAGGUGGAUGAGCCCCUUACUGAAUCUUCAAACUUGGAAUUUGAACAAUCCACAGAGAAUAACAGUGCAAAUGAGGAUUUUUCUGAUUUAGAUACAAAUGAACCGGUGGGGAGGACACAAAAGGCAAAAACACCAGCAUCUUUCCCACUUGACAAACAAAGACUUAUCAUGGAUGAUGUUUCAUCCCCAGGAUUAGUUGUUGCCCAGAAUUUUGAAAAUUAUUGUAGAGUCUCACUUAUGCCAUCUUUGACCAACAGUUCACCACAAUCUGCAUCUCAAAAGGGUAAGUAUGUUGAGAAAAAGCUCAAGUCAUUAAGCGGAAAGAAUCAACAGCCAUUAUGGACCUUUUUGAAUACCGCUCGAACGAUGUUCGGAAGUCGAGAUCUUUUUUCAGGCGAUUAUUAUCAGCAUAAUGCAUUGGUAGCAACAGAUCCGGCGGUAGAAGGUGUGCCAAGAAUGCCAAAUGGAUUUCCCCAACUUUUUGUUUGGUAUACAGGUGAGACAGUUGUUGCGUUUGAAUUAAGAGAUGUUACGCUCGAUCAGUUACUUGUUCGGGUGAAUGGUAUAAUUUGGGAACAUGUUUCAUCGGCCCGAAUUUAUGAUCGUGAACUUGUUAUUGUCAAUGGAUUAAGUCCAUUGUCACAGUACGAUAUCGAUUUUAUAAUGAUUCUCGAUAAUGGUGAACUAAGGCAUUUUGCAUCUACUACAGUGGGUACAAUCCAUCAAAAUAGAACAUUGACCGAAUCAAAACACUCAACUCCAUUGACAACUUUGCAAGAAUCUGUUGUGACAACACAGAAUGCUAUUGAUCGUGAAAAGGCAAAAAUAAAAAAGCUAAAAGGUGAUUGGAGGAAACGAUCUACUGCUUUGAAGAAUGAAAUAGAAAACUUGAAUAAUCGUGCAAAUAUUAUUGAUGAAAGCCGAAACUACAAGAAGGUGGAAUCUUUAAGACAGGCAGUCGCUAAACUAGAUAUUGAGGUUUCUGAUGUGUCUAAGAAGUCGGAGGAGAUUUUUGCUAAGCAUACCGAAAUUGGAGAGAAAUAUUUAGAUGCAAAACGGAACUAUGAAUCUGAAGGGAGACAUUUAGCUGCAUUCAAAAAGGAAAAGGAAAAUAUUAUUGAGAAAGAAGGUGUCAGAAUUGCUAGAGUUUCAGGUGAGAAAGACCAAUUAUUACAAAAGAAAGACAAACUGUUACAAAGGAGAUCAAAUCUAGAAAAUGAAAUAAAGGGUAUACAGUCAUACAUUAAUGAUUUAAAGCAGAAGGAGAUUGAGAAUAGGCGAAACCAAAGAAAGAAGAGGAGUAAAGAAAGAGAGCAGAAGUACCUUUUGUUGUUAUCCGAUAUCAAUAAGUUUGAGAAAACAAUGUCUGAAACUGUUCCGGCUAUGAAAUGA